AUGGCAGAAGAUGAAACAAAAGCAUUGAAGGAGUUCACGGCUCUUACUGCACUCACAACAUCAUCUUGUAUUGUUGUAGCUCCCAUUCCUGCAGGAGUGCGUUUUGAGAUUAGACCAGCAACAAUCCAGAGCUUGCCUAACUUUUAUGGGAAGACAAAUGAAGAUCCUUAUCUCCAUGUAGAGGAAUUCAAAGACAUAUAUAGAACUUUUCGGUAUGAGAUAUCAGAUGAGCAGAUCCGUUUAAGGCUUUUUCCUUUUUCAUUGAAAGACAAAGCAAGAAAGUGGCUGAGCUCUCUUCCCCCUGGUUCCAUCAAUACUUGGGAUGAUUUGGUUAAAAAGUUCUUGUUGAAAUUCUUCCCAGCUAAGAAAACCAAUGCACUCCAAACAGAAAUCUUUGGCUUCUCUCAACCUAAAGGAGAACCUUUUUAUGAGAGUUGGGAGCGUUAUAAGGAUUUGUUCUUGAAAUGUCCUCACCAUGGAUUUUCUAAACCCCAGAAGGCUCAAUUUUUCUACAGAGGUUUGAGCUCCCAAAGUAGAAGUAUGGUGGAUGCUACAGUUGGUGGAACCUUGAUGGGAAAGACGGCAGAUGAGGCAAUUCAAGCUUUUGAGACUAUAUGUGAAAAUUCGAAGCAAUAUGAUCCUUAUACAACAGUGCCCAAAAGAGGAGGACUAUAUGAGGUUAGUGCAAGUACUAAGUUGGAAGAGCAAGUUGCAACCUUGGCAAGACAAAUGAAGAGCCUUACUCCUCUGUUAAAUAAGGCUGCAAGGGAGACAUGUGCUUUGUGUUCAAGUAUUGCACAUACCACCGAGGCAUGUUCCGAAAAUUUCUUCCAAGAUGAGCAAGUCAACAUGAUUGCCGCUGCCUUGAAUGAGAGAGAACAAGGGCGUUUACCUAGCCAAACUCUUGCUAAUCCAAGGGGUCAAUUUGAGAAACAUGAACCUAUGAAAGCUGUGAUCACGUUGAGGAGUGGAAAAGAAGUUGAUAUUAAAGUUCGUAGCCUAGGAGAUAUUCAAAAAGAAGAACCAAAAGAAGAAGUCGAACAGAGGAACCCAGAAAUUAAUGAAUCAGCAGAGAAGGAUUCUGCAGGAGGAUUCAAGCUGCAACAGCAAUCCCGAAAACGAACUGAUUCGAACCCAGCGACUUCCAGCACUCCAGAAACGACUUUAAGGCCUACUACAGAGUCUCAAUUUGUUCCUAAACCUCCAUAUCCAGAAUUACUUCAGAAGCCAAAGAAAGAUAGGCACUUGACUGAGAUUAUGGAACUAUUUCGCAAGGUGCAAAUUAAUAUUUCUUUGCUUGAUGCCAUUAAACAAAUCCCAGCUUAUGCGAAGUUUUUGAAGGAGUUAGGCACAAACAAGAGAAAAUUUGAAGAUCAUGAGAAGGUGUUGUUAACAGAAGAGGUCAGUGUCGUAAUUCAAAUAAGACUCCUUCCAAAGUUGAAGGAUCCGGGCAGCUUUACAAUCCCUUGCACAAUUGGUGAUCAUUAUUUUGAGCGUGCUUUGAUGGACUUGAGUGCAAGUGUGAAUCUGAUGCCGUACUCUCUGUUUUUGAAAUUAAAGCUUGGUGACCUGCAACCAACAUCAAUCACUUUGCAAUUUGCAGACCGAUCAGUCAAGAGGCCAAAGGGAAUUGUUGAAGAUGUGUUAGUGAAGGUUGAUAAGUUCAUAUUGCCUGCAGAUUUUGUCAUUCUUGAAACUAAACCAGAUGCUUAUUCAAGUGAGGAUGUACCAAUCAUUUUGGGUCAUGCAUUCAUGGCUACUACUGAUACCAUAAUUAAAGUAAAAGAUGGACUUCUAUCUAUGACAGUUGGUGACAUGUCAGUGGAGUACAAGAUUUUUGACACUGGGCGACGUCCCUCUGAAGAUGGUAAAUGUUUUAUGGUUAAUUCAAUUUCUCCUAUUACUCAUGAAUCUUUUAUUUUGAAUUCAUCUCAAGAUUCCCUUGAAGUAUGUUUGACACAAUCUGGAAUGGAUUUUGACGCGAAGAAAGAGGUUGAUGAGUUGGAGAAGCUUCUUAAUGCUGCACCGGUUUUUGAAUCAAGAAAGUGGAACCAAUUUGAGUCGUUACCUUUGUCCAGAAAUAAAUUUGUGCCUUCCAUUCAGCAAGCACCCAAGUUAGAGCUCAAGCCACUGCCAUCACACUUGAAAUAUGUAUUUUUGGGUGAAAGUGAGACACUUCCAGUGAUUAUUGCUUCGGACCUUUGUGAAGAAGAUGAAAAGAAGUUGUUGCAAGUUCUUCAAGCUCACAAAAUAGUGAUUGGAUGGAAAAUUGCGGAUAUUAAAGGUAUAAGUCCUACAAUGUGUAUGCACCGAAUCCAUCUUGAAGACAAUGCGAAGCCAACACGAGAUGCACAAAGGCGUUUGAAUCCACCAAUGAAAGAAGUUGUGCGUGCUGAAAUUUUGAAGCUUCUUGAUGUUGGAGUUAUAUAUCCAAUUUCAGAUAGCCAAUGGGUUAGCCCAGUUUAA